AUUAUGAUAGCAGGAAUAAAGUUAAUGUUAGUUUGUGACUGAUAUCAACAAGUCUCCCAUUCGAGCUCUAUGAAAGCUAAAGACAAAGAUGAAGGAAAAACAGUCUUGGCAACUAAAUGGAAAAGAUUGGGCAAGCAAGAUAAUAAAGAAGAAAAUAUAAAUUUUAAGAAAAACCUAACGAUAAGGAAAUCUAUCCAAACUCCUGAGCAAGCGAUUCAGAAAGGUGCUGCCCCUUCCAUUACUCACACUUUUAAGAAGGACACGGAUUUGAAGGAUAGAUGUCAGCCAAAUUUCUCUAAUUUGGCUCAAAAAGAAGAGCAAGAAUGUGACGUGGAAGAUCCCUCUGAUUAUAUCCUUCCAAGAGAAUCAAAUAAAGUUAAUCCAAAAAUGAAGGAGCAUGAUUCUUUCCAUAACUCAGCUCUGUAUUGUCAAAACUGAGGAGAGAAGAAGAAUUCAGCAAUUCUGGGUUGUCAAUGAAGCAAGAGAAAAUUAUUCAAACAUAAGAUAAGAAAAAAUAGCGAGUUCACCCCUUGUAACAGCUGACAUUUGGAGAAAUCUCUGAUUCCCAGAGUAGUUGUGAAGAGGCCAAGAAAAUACUCAAAGGCAGAGAGCAUCUGUAGAAGUCUUAGAGAGAUGAUUUAGUAGCAAGCGAUGGAAAAGCUAUUUUUUAAUCCUUUUUACCUAUUCCAAUU